AUGUCGCCCUACGAAGCUUUGUACGGACGGCCCUGCAGGACACCAUUAUGCUGGACCCAAGUGGGGGAGCGCAGCAUGAUAGGACCUGAGAUAGUGGAGGAGACCACGGAGAAGAUUAAGUUCAUCCGUGACAAGAUGAAGGAGGCACAGGACCGUCACAAGUCUUAUGCGGAUAAGAGAAGGAAACAUGUUGAGUUUGAGGUGGACGACAUGGUCUACCUCAAGAUGAUUACUUUCAGAGGUCGGAAAAGGGUUUCUGGCCGAGGGAAGUUGGAUCCAAGGUACUUGGAUCAAGACAUUGUGAUACCGGAAAUUCCAUCUGAUCUAGGCACGAACCUCACCUUGGAGACAAGGCCGGUUCGGAUUGUAGACAGGAUGGAAAAGCAAUGA